CCCCGCCGCUGCCGGGCAGCAUGAGCGGCUCCGGGCCGGAGGAGCCCCAGCCCGGCCAGGGGGCGGAGGUUCAGCUGCAGGAGGCCGAGCAGGACUGGGCGGCCGCCAAGGCUUUCUACGACAACCUGGUGUCCAAGAGACCCCGGCCGCCCAAGCCCCAGCACGCCAUCACGGUGGCCGUCUCCUCCCGAGCCCUCUUCGAUCUGGUGGAGGAGCGGCGGAUCUACGAGGAGCAAGGGGUGGAGAAGUACGUGCAGUAUCAGCAGGACAACGAGAACGUCACCCUCAAACCCGGACCGGCUUUCCAUUUCGUCAAGGCACUGGAACAUGUCAAUGCCAGGCUGCUGGAACUGUACCCUGAUGAUGAGGAACGAUUCGAUAUCGUUCUGAUGACUAAUAACCAUGCCCAAGUGGGAGUGAGGCUCAUAAACAGCAUCAAUCACUAUGGCUUAACAAUUGAACGUUUCUGUAUGACGGGAGGAAAAAGCCCUGUUGGUUACCUGACUGCAUACCUGGCCAACUUGUACCUCUCAGCAGACUCUGAAAAAGUGCAAGAAGCUAUAGAAGCAGGCAUCGCAGCAGCUACCAUGUUCACUGCCAGCAAAGAGGUUGCCUACUCGGAUACACAGCUGAGGGUGGCAUUCGAUGGGGAUGCAGUUCUCUUUUCUGAUGAAUCAGAACAGAUUGUCAAAGAGCAAGGAUUAGAUAGAUUUUUUGAGCAUGAACAGCUGAAUGAAAAUAAGCCUCUUGCACAGGGUCCUUUGAAAGGUUUUCUGGAAGAUCUAGGGAAACUCCAGAAGAAGUUCUAUGCGAAAAACGAACGGUUAAAUUGUCCUAUAAGGACCUUCCUGGUUACAGCCAGAAGCGCGGCCAGCUCUGGAGCCAGAGUGCUGAAGACUCUUCGUAGCUGGGGUCUGGAGAUUGAUGAGGCACUUUUCCUAGCAGGAGCUCCUAAAGGACCAAUCCUGGUGAAAAUCCGCCCUCACAUUUUCUUUGAUGACCAGAUGUUUCACAUUGAAGGAGCACAGAAAUUGGGCACCGUUGCUGCGCACGUUCCCUACGGGGUUGCGCAGAAACACCACAAAUCUGCGUGACUGGGUGGCACCAGGAACAACAGGGUUCUUAACUCAGCCAGCCUCUAAUAGACCACUAGUUAUGUCUGAAAACCUCUACAUUUGGAUAUUUUAAGCACUGUGUUUAAAGAUUUAACUUGUGGCUGGAGCAGCCUUUAAAGGAAAUAUUUUUAAUAUCGCUAAGUUUUUAAUAGAGUUAUUUUAAUAGCAUUCUUAAGGUUUUUAGUGGAUCUAACACUGGUUUUGAUAUUAGAAGAUUUGUACUGGUUUUAUAGCUUGAAGCGUAUUUAGAGAGACAGAGAACAGUCGUAUUUUCUCUAAAAAGCUCUGGGCAGGUUAUUUAUAACAGAAGUCAUGCUGCAAUGCUAGUCCUUGGUGGUUAUUUCUGAAAUUACCAGAAGCACUGUUUACAUAUAAGUGUUCACCUGUUGGUUGUUGUCUUGUUAAGUAUGUGUAGGUUUGUUAGCCCAAGGUUUCAGUUUCCAGUGAAAUGUUAGCUUAUUUGAUCUUUGUGUUUACAAGAGCCCUUUAUUUUUCUAUAUUGUUUUCCUAUUCCAAUAAAGCUGGCUUUACAGAA